AUGAGUCUCAAUCUACCAAUGCGACCCAGCACGAGCAGUCAGCGCAACCGCGACAGUCGAAAUAAUUACUUCAACAGCUAUACUCCGCCAAGUUCGACUGAAGCCAUCAAUGGACCUGUGAGGGAGUUGGUCAGAGAGCAAGCGCCUCUAAACGAUCGCUUGAUCGUGGGUGUUGAUUUCGGUACUACCUUCUCAGGUGUCGCUGCUGUCUACACUUCCACCCCUGAUGAUAUAGAAAUCAUCAAGACAUGGCCAGGCGGCAAUGGUAUCACCUCAGACAAAGUUCCGACUGAGAUCGCCUACGAUUUCCCACCCAAUGCACCUCAAGGCACAGAACCAACAGUGAAAUGGGGUUUCCAGUUCAAGCCUGAGGAGUCUCGUUUGCGCUGCAUCAAGCUCUUCCUAGAUCGUUCUCAAAAACUGCCCUUCUACGUUAGCCCUCUUGACACAGCAGCCCAACUGAAGCGUUUCAAUAAGAAUGUAGUCGAUGCUGUGAGCGAUUACCUGACACAGGUGUAUAAGCAUACUAUGGAUACGCUCACACGUCGGUAUGGAGAGUCGUUCAUGGCGUCGACCAAGGUUGAGUUUGUCUUGACGUGUCCAGCUGUUUGGAGUGAUGCGGCGAAGAACACGACCUUGCAAGCUGCUGAGAGGGCUGGGAUGGGAUCUAGAUCUGAGAUCCAAAUGAUCAGUGAGCCUGAAGCUGCGGCUGUGUAUACUCUCAAGGCAAUUCAGCCAAAUCAUCUGAAUGUGGGUGAUAACUUUAUUGUUUGUGAUGCUGGAGGUGGUACAGUUGAUUUGAUUGCAUACAAAAUUAUCUCUCUUAAACCACUCAGAGUCGAGGAGUCUGCAGUUGGAACAGGAGGGCUAUGCGGAAGUGCUUUCCUGAACUACCGUUUUGAAGAACAUGUCAGAGGUCGUCUUGGCCAGACUCGAUUUGAUGAGAUGAAGGCCAAGAAGGGCAAGACAUGGCAGAUGGGUCUUCGAUACUUUGAAGAAUUCGUUAAGAGAAACUUCAAUGAGGAUGAGCACCAGGAAGUCAACGUUCCCUUCCCUGGUCUUCCUGACGAUGAAGAAGCUGGGCUGGACUCGGGCUUCUUGGUCAUGACGGCAGAACAGGUCAAGGACAUCUUCGAGCCAGUAGUGAAAGAAGUGUGCGACCUAGUUCAAGGCCAAGUCUCAGGACUUCGAUCAAAGGGCGGUAUCGUCUCCGGCAUCGUCCUAGUAGGAGGAUUUGGUCAGAGCGAUUAUCUAUAUCGCCGUCUGAAGUCUCACUUUACCAGCGCUGCUCCACCGCCCUACAGCGAACGUCCCACGCAUGCUAAUGCCAACUCUACGCAGGAGUCGGGUUCUAUCGAAGUGAUGCAGCCCGUCUAUGCUUGGACGGCAGUUGUGCGUGGUGCGGUUCUGCGAGGAUUGGAAGGCAACAUGGUCAUCUCUCGUAAGUCGAGAAUGCACUACGGAACUUCAUAUGCUACUGUAUAUGACGAGGACAAGCAUUCGGUCAGUGAGCGAUACUGGUCUCCUCUAUGGGAACGAUGGAUGGUCUCUGACCGAAUGCAAUGGCACAUCGCCAAGGGCGAGGCUUUAUCACCACUUGCCCCUAUCGCAUUCCACUACACACGCAACUUCCGCCCUGGUCAAUCCCUCAUCGUCACAGACGACCUGAUAGCAUGCGACGCCGACGAGGCACCCGCAGCAUAUACGCGAGACCUAAAACACGUGUGUACUCUCACAACAGAUCUCAAUGCUGUCCCCAGGAGUCUGUUUACGAGGUUGACGACUACGAGGGGCGUUGAGUUUGAUAACUUGGACUUUACGCUGGAGAUGAGGGUCGAGAGUGCGGGACUGGGCUUCGAGUUGAAGGUUGAUGGGGUGAGAUAUGGAAGGGUUGAGGCGGAGUUUCAUUAA